AAUGAAAUUUCCGAAGCAUGGGUUUUUAAUUCGAAUACGAGAUUCGCAGCAGUGAAAGUAGUACUCUGCAAUGACUACUUCGACACUUUUCGGAAUAACCACUCCGGAAAUCUUACCGCGGUACCGCGUCAGGUUCACCCACGUGGGCGUUAGCCGGGAGCAAGGGAAGUUGAGCUGAUUGCCAUCGACGACCGGGGGUAUUAUGGCAACGACAGAUCGACUGCGGAGAUGCAACACACUGUUUACAGCGGCACAUGGUUUACGGCAGCCGCAGUGAAGGAGAAUGGGGGAAGAAUAGGUCAGGUGGUAAAAACGAACUCAAAGGGAUUUUUGUCUUUUUAAUUUUGCUACGGGGUUGCCGGUUGCAAUUAAGGUGGUGCAGGACGCAAAAGUCCUAACUAAUGGUUCGGGUUUUUGGGCCGAGAAAACGAGAAGAAAAAAACCGUUGAUUAUUCGGGUCAUGCCGGACGCAGUCGGAUUGGAAGUUUCAUAAACGGUGACCUGAAAGCAGAAGAAGCAGAAGAUGGAGCAGAAAAAUUGGAACCUUCUGGACGAAUCGCUGGGGCUUCACAUUAAUGACGACGCGAAGCCAUGGCCUCUGUGUGGUCGCUUCGUGCUUGUGGAGGACUGUGUUGACACAAGCGCCGCUUUCGUUCUUCACCACAUCCUCAAACGCUCCUUCUCUUCUCACCCUUCUUCCGCCGUUCUCUUCCUCGCUUUUUCUCAUCCUUUCUCCCACUACGAUCGCGUCCUCCGAAAGCUCGGUUGCAACUUAACUGCUCAAAGAGAUAAUGGCAGAUUCUUUUUCCUUCCUAUGCUUAUGUUUCAGUGUCCAGGGGAAGGAAAACCCAAUCAUGAUGGGCUUGCUUCUGUGUUUGAGCAAAUUGAAAGAGUGAUCACUCUGUUACAUCAAGACAAGAAAUCCAUCUCUAUCAUUAUAGAUGAUAUAUCUUUUCUUGAAGUUGCUGCUAAUGGUUCUUCAGAUGAUGUUUUAAACUUGCUGCAUUAUUGCCAUACGUUAACAUCAGAAUAUGGUUGUGCAUUGAUUGCACUUGAUCAUAAAGAUAUUUAUUUGAAUGGAGACAGGACUGCUGUUAUCUUAGAGAUGGAGUACCGUGCUGACAUUUUGGUCAAGGCUGAACCAUUGGCCACUGGUUUAGCAAAAGAUGUGCAUGGUCAGUUGAUGGUGUUAAAUAAGGAAACACAACAUCAGCAUGGAAUUACAGCCAUUAAGAGUUACAAUUUUCACUUCAAGAUCAAGGAAAAUGGCAUCGAGUGCUUUUAUCCUGGUACAAAAAUCCAAUGAUGAUCAAUGAUUCUUGAUAGGUACAAUACUUAAUCGAUUGUGAGAUGAUAGAAUCCAAUGCGAUUAUACUUGAAUUGGUGAUUGACACACUUAGAGUUAUUGGUUUUAUUUGUGCAUCACUGAUUGGUGUCAAUGAUUUUUUUCACUUGAUCGUGUAUUAUGAGUAAUGAAAGCCUUGGAGCAGUAAA